AUGGCUGCAGACAAGCAAAAUGAGGCCAAAGACGCCUUACUGGACGAAAAUAAAGAAAACUCGCCAGAUGGAGGACUCGGACUGGAAAUUUUGCAGAUCAUCAAGGAUUCCCAGCAGCAGCAUGGCCUCAGGCAUGGAGACUACCAGAGAUACAGGGGCUACUGUUCCAGGCGGCUUCGUCGUCUGCGUAAGACUCUUGGCUUCAAGAUGGGCAAUCGACACAAGUUCACUGGGAAGAAGAUUACUGUAGAGAUGCUCUCUGAUAACAGGUACCUCCUACUGGUUUUAAUGGAGGCAGAGCGUGCAUGGAGCUACGCCAUGCAGCUGAAGCAAGAGGCCAACACAGAGCCCCGAAAGCGCUUCCACUUGCUGGCGCGAUUGCGUAAAGCUGCCAAGCAUGGUGAGAGGCUUGAGAAGCUGUGUGAAAGCCCCAAUGUUGAUGCCAAGACAAAGCUGGAGGCACAGGCCUACACAGCAUAUUUAACUGGCAUGGUUGAGUUUGAGCUACAGGAGUGGAAGCCUGCCAUGGAGGCUUUCAACAAGUGCAAGACUAUCUAUGAGAAGCUGGCCAGUGCUUUCACCGAAGAACAAGCAGUGUUGUACCAUCAGCGUGUGGAGGAGAUUUCUCCUAACAUCCGUUAUUGUGCUUAUAACAUUGGUGACCAGAAUGCCAUCAAUGACCUAAUGCAGAUGAGACUAACUGGAGGAGGUGGAGGCAUGAUGGCUGAGAAGCUAGAGGCUCUGAUCACCCAGACGAGAGCCAAGCAAGCGGCCACUAUGAGUGAGGUGGAGUGGCGAGGUCGCACAGUGCCUGUCAAGAUUGAUAAGGCUCGCAUCUUUCUGUUGGGUCUGGCAGACAAUGAAGCUGCAAUCGCUCAGGCAGCCAAUGAGGAGACCAAAGAGCAUCUGUACGAGACCCUGUUGGCUGAAUGCAGAGACACCAUCCAGGCUGUGAGAGAAGAACUCAAGACUGAAGCGAAACAGCGAGAGAGAGGCUCCGAUGCCGACGGUGGCAAGAUAUCCAACCUGCAGUUCCUGCACAGUUACCUGACUUACAUCAAGCUGUGUACUGUGGUCAAGAGGAAUGAGAGCAUGGCCCAUGUGCUGCAGGCUAAACUCAAGGAGCCCCAGUCCAACGAGAACAAGAGAACCCCCCGCCCCCAGGACCUGAUCCGUCUGUAUGACAUCAUCCUGCAGAGUCUGGCUGAGCUGUCCACCCUUCAGGGUCUUGAGGAAGACCACACCUACCAGAAGGAGGUGGCACUCAAGAUGCUGGUGUACAAGGCCUACAGGUGUUUCUUCAUAGCCCAGUCCUAUGUGCUGGUGAAGAAGUGGAGUGAAGCACUGGUGCUGUACGAGAGAGUGCUGAAGUAUGCUAAAGAGGUCCAGUCUAAGGCCAAGAGCCUCAACAACAGAUUGAAGGAUCUUCCCGAUGUUCUGGAACUCAUCGCUGAAGUAAAUGCCGAGAAAUACUCGCUUCAGGCUGCUGCCAUUUUAGAUACUGAUGAGACGGCUGAAGUUCCUUCCCAGCAACAAGUGAAGGACCACACGCCCCUUUGUGACCGCUUGGACAAUUUCCAACUUGACACCGCCCUCGUGGGAAAGCAGCCCAAUCUGGUCCAGUUCCCUCCCGAUUUCCAGCCAAUCCCAUGCAAGCCUUUGUUCUUUGACCUUGCCCUCAACCAUGUGACCUUCCCAACCCUGGAUGACAAGGUGGAGCAGAAGGGCAAGGGUGGCCUGACGGGUUAUAUCAAGGGCAUCUUUGGUUUCGGCAGCUAAACCAGGCCCAGGCUUUGGCAAAGGCCCUCAGAUUGUUAUUAAAAUUAUUUCAAUUACUUUUAGGGUUAUCUGCCAUCAUUUAGUAAUAACAGGAGGCUGUUGGGAUUCCUUGCAUACCGGCUCCUGCCUCCAUCUAAGCCAUGGAAAUGCCUCCAUGACCUUUUAUGUUUUUGGAGGUUUCUAUGCCUUGCUCUUUUGCUUUGCAGUCAAAAUCUCCUAUUUACAAUCCUAACUGAUAUUGUUAACCAAUAAAAUUUGGUGUAAUUUGGUUGUUCAAUUUUUUUUUUCCAUAAUUAUGAAUGCGCCUUCAUGUAACUAAAUCUGUUUUGUCAGGUGUCCGUCAGAGGUUUCAGUUUUCUUUCUGUGCCAGGGGUUCUGAACCGUUCACAAAACUUAAUUAAAUUCAAAACCUAUAGAAGUAAAUGGAGUUUAUCCUUAAAUUAAUCUGUAAUUUCUGUCUCGUACUGGGACCGUCUUUGACUUUGAAUUAACAUAAGUCAGCUCAUAGGGACCUGCCAGAAUAAGGCCGUUACCUAUAGUCCUGUGUGUCUGUUAAUAACAUCAGAAGACGACUUUUGAAGUGCAGGGACGUGACGACUAAAAAGCCAUGCCGUCGCACAAUAGCAUCAUUAUCAAUAGCCAAAUCAAAAUAUGAUUUCAAAGCUCUUGUGCCUGUUUUACUCUUCAUUCCUCAGUUGUAGAGAAAUGAAUUGACUGCUGUUUUUAUCACAGUGGCGAAUAUUCCACUUCAUACAUUGUACUAAAACAAUGACACUACUCUGCAUGGAUUUCACUUGUUGAAACUGUCAACUCAUUGUCUGACAUAACAUUUAAACACUGCAAUGGAUAUCAGUUCAUCUGGACACAACAUUUAUUGACAGAAACAUUUCAUCGCUCAUCUAAUUGGCAUCUUCAGUCUAAACUGACUGCAGGUAUCCCCCCCCCUUUCAAACAACACAGUUGCAUAACGACCUAAACCAACAAUCAGUUUCAUAUGCAAAUAGGCGUGACCAUUGAAACUAGCGUUUCAAUGGCAGUGUGUACUAUACAUGGAGGAUUUGGGAAUGGUUGCAAUCACAGCAUUGUAAGAUGGUGACAGAUGUACUCUUAGCCCCCCCCCCCCCCCCCCAGUUCAGGGAUGGUCAUUCCCGCUUCACGUAGAUGGCCUCUUUGACUCCCCAUUCAAACCAGCGUUCCUCCCUAUCAAGGAUGUGCACGUCCUCAUCCUUGAAAUAGUGGCCACUGGCCUGUAGAUGGGUGUAGACUAUGGAGUCCUGGCCUGAUGCAUUAGCUCUCCUGUGUCGUGCCAUCGUCUUGGCCAGCGGCUGUUUAGUUUCCCCAAUGUACAAGUCACGGCAAUCCGCCCAGCUCUAAACAGCGUAUACUAUAUUACUGUUUGUGCUGGGGACCUAAUCCUUGGGGUGGACCAAUUUCUUGCACAGCACGUUUUGGGGUUUGAAAGCAACUGAGAUGCGGUGUUUGAAAAAUACGCGUCUCAACUGUUCCGACAUUCCCGCCACAUACGGAAUCACCACUGGUUUACGCUUGAGCAGCUGUUCUCUCUUCCAUCGGCUGGUGCACUGUUUGGGCGUCUUCCUGGCUUUGACAAAUACCCAGUUAGGAUAACCACACUUAACCCGGGCCUGUUUAAUGUGGGAUUUCUCCCCUUCCCUGACUGCUAUGUCGGUGGGGACAUUGUCAGCUCGGUGGUACAGCGUCCUGAUGACUCCUAGUUUGUGGUCCAAUGGAUGAUGAGAGUCGAACCUUAAGUACUGAUCAGUGUUGCUUUAUGGUCCAGAUGAACAUCUUUGAUUUUCUUACCUGGAUUAUUGAGCAUGCAGAAAGCCACUGCAAUGGAUAGUGAUUAUUUCCAGCAGGCUAAUGUGCAACACUUUGAAUCCAGUCAAACAUGCUGGUGCUCUGUGGGGGACUGUGAACCUCAUGUUUCCCCACACCUUAAAAUGCCUCAAGUUGCGAUGUGAUGAUGUGGACCUUUUUCACUAACAUGGCCGACGUACUUCGGCUUAGUCUCAUAAGGUUAAAGCUCUAAUGAGACUAAGCGGAAGACUUCCUGUUGCCUACAAUGUUAAUGCCCACAAAGACUUCCUGUUGCCCACAAAGCCGAAGACUUCCUGUUGCCCACAAUGUUAAAAAACAAAACGGUCACCUUCAAUUCUGUCUGAGAUCACUUAUUUUGCUUCAACACAGCAUGUAACAGAUGUUGUCAUUUUCAUUUGUUUCUGUUGCUAGACCACUGCACGUCUAUAAAAAAGUGAUUUGACCAAGGGUCAUUAAAAAGACAUGCAUGUUAGGGUUAAUACUGUCUGUGCCCCUGAGCGAGGCAAUGGAAAGAAGAACUGGAGCUGGCCCCCAGGCGCUGCAGCUGCCCACUGCUCCUAUACAUUAGGAUGGGUUAAGUGCAGAAGAGACAUUUCAUUUUAACCUGUGCAGUGUCAAAAUAAAGUGGCUUUCUUUCUUUCUAAAAUGCUAACAGCUCAGAAAUUGCCAUUAGCCUUGAUUAGCCAGUUAGCAUUUUGUGACCCUUGAUCAAAUCACUUUUUUAUAGACAUGUAGUAGUCUGACAGCAGAAAUAUAAAGAUCUGUCAAUGACAACACCUGUACUGUGUUUUACGCAGUGAAACACAAAAUAAGUGAUCACAGACCGAAUCGAAGGUGACAGAAUAUUUGCUUUUUAACUUUGUGGGCAACGGGAAGAACCGAUCUUUACCCUGCUAUGACGCAGUGGAAGUAUGGUGGCCAUGUUUGGUGAAAAAGGUCUAUAAGGACAUUACUGUUUUGACCAGUGUCUGCAUCUCAGUUCACUUACAGUAUGUUGCUCUCAUAAGUUCUCACAGAGCAUUGUGUAGGGACCAUCAGUAAGAAAAGUAAGAAAACUUAUGCGAACAGCUAGAAUUUAAUGUUUUUGACAAACAUUUUUCUUUAUGCUCAAGCAAAAUGUCACUGCUGUAUAAUAACUAGAUGGGAACCAUUGGGGCUGUAUACUUUUUUUUUUAUCAGCCGCCUUGUCACUGCCACCUAUCCUGUGUGUCCACUGGUCAUCAUUGUAAAUUAUGACAAUAUGAUCACAGCAAUAUAUGUACAACUAUGAUGUGAGAAAACAGGGGUUUUUUGUUUGUUUGUUUGGGUUUUUUUGUAAUCAACUGGUGAGAAAGCUUUUUAUGGCUGUCAUUAUAAUCACCUGCUGAAUCUUCUUCAACUUGGGUCCACACACACCCAAUGCCACAGUUUCUCAUGGGAAACUCAUGAGAAACCUCAUAAGCCUGUGAUAGCUGACUGUACACUAGUAAUAGGACUGUUACACUAUCACAUCCACCUGCUUACAUGAGCUCCUUUAAUUAUGUGCUCUUACUAAUUUUAUUAAUUUUUAGUAAGCUCAAUAUUCUGUGUUAAACAGGGUUGAGAAGGACAUGCAUGGAGUUGUUCCAUGCAUUUUACCUGGAUGCCUAGGGAGAAGAACUGAUUGUUUAAUAACGUAAAUAUAAGAAACUGAAUGAGACAUCGUGAUAAUUAUACAGAGCAGUGAAGUGGCUGGCAAAAUUGUGUGAUUUUUAUUUUGUUUCCAGACCUGUUAAUUAAAGAUUAUAUA